GUCACCCGCCCUCGGCGCCGUCUGUGUGGGUGGGGCGUCGCUGUCUGAGUGCCGGUGGUGUGGCGUGGGGAGUCAUGGCUGGUCGCCGAGCUCUGCACUUCGUUUUCAAAGUGGGAAACCGCUUCCAGACGACGCAUUUCUUUCGAGAUGUCCUGGGGAUGAAGGUUCUGCGGCAUGAGGAAUUUGAAGAAGGCUGCAAAGCUGCCUGUAAUGGGCCUUAUGAUGGGAAAUGGAGUAAAACAAUGGUGGGAUUUGGGCCUGAGGAUGAUCAUUUUGUUGCAGAGCUGACUUACAAUUAUGGCAUUGGAGACUACAAGCUGGGCAAUGACUUCAUGGGAAUCACACUUGCUUCUAGCCAGGCUGUCAGCAAUGCCAGGAAGCUGGAGUGGCCACUCAGUGAAGUUGCAGAAGGAGUUUUUGAAAUUGAGGCCCCAGGAGGAUAUAAAUUCUAUUUGCAGAAUCGCAGUCUACUUCAGUCAGAUCCUGUAUUGAAAGUAACUCUUGCAGUGUCUGAUCUUCAGAAGUCCUUGCACUACUGGUCUAAUCUACUGGGAAUGAAAAUUUAUGAACAAGAUGAAGAGAAACAAAGGGCUUUGCUGGGCUAUGCUGAUAACCAGUGUAAGUUGGAGCUGCAGGGCAUCAAGGGUGCAGUUGACCAUGCAGCAGCUUUUGGAAGAAUUGCCUUUUCUUGUCCCCAUAAAGAGUUGCCAGACUUAGAAGACUUAAUGAAAAAGGAGAACCAGACGAUACUGACUCCCUUGGUGAGUCUGGAUACCCCAGGGAAGGCCACAGUACAAGUAGUGAUUCUGGCUGACCCUGAUGGACAUGAAAUUUGCUUUGUUGGGGAUGAAGCAUUUCGAGAACUUUCUAAAAUGGAUCCAGAGGGAAGCAAAUUAUUGGAUGAUGCAAUGGCGGCAGAUAAAAGUGAUGAGUGGUUUGCUGAAAGAAACAAACCAAAGGCUUCAGGUUAAUGGAAGACAUCAUGUGAAACAAGCAUUUAUGAUUCUUGCGUGGCACCUGUGAAGCCUAAUAUGUCCCUUUUUGAUAAAUGUUCUUACUACUUGGUUGUGUCCUGCUCAGGCAAGGAGACCUGGGUAGUGAAGAUUUGUAGAUUUCAAUCUUUGAAAGCUCUGAUAUGUUUAGAAAUGAAAUCCAAUUAUCAUUAAUCCAGGUAGAGGGGAACUCACUGUAAUCUGCACUUGGACUGUAAUGGUACAUUGGGUAAUAGAUCAGUAACAAAUUAUUUUCUGGACUGGGACAACUCUAUGGGGCAUUAGUCUUGGUUGGGAAUGGAGGGAAUUUUGAUGAAUCAUGUAGAUUUUAAAGGAGUUACUGUUCAAAUAAAUUCAAAUCAAUUGCUUAUAGUAGUCAUAA